GAGAACCGGGGGUUGAGGCUACAACCUCCUGGCAAACGCCUUGCAACUCUCGCCUCGGUACUUUGUUGCAGUGCUCUUAUCCCUUGCAGCCUCGGAUUUGCUUUCGCCUCCUUGUCGUUCUUCACAUAGCUCCCGAACGGAGUUGUUGUCUUCGUGCAGAUAAUUUCAGAGAAACUCGGGAUUUUUCCGGGUGUGGUGAAUUUUCCUAUUCUGUUCUCCCUUUGAGUCUCUGUAAAAGGAUUUCAAGGCGGGAAAGAAUGGGAUUGCAGCCUUUGGAAUUCAGUGACUGUUACCUGGAGAGACCUUACUUUCGGGAAAGGUUGAAAGCACACGAAGCUGAAUUGGAUAAGUCCAACAAGUUCAUUAAGGAGUUGCUGAAGGAUGGGAAAGCGCUCAUUGCAGCCAGCAAGGCACUUUCAGCAGCACAGCAGAAAUUCGCUCGAUCACUUGGGGAAUUUUCCUUUGAGUUUAUUGGAGAUGCUGAGACAGAUGAUGAGCGGUGCAUUGAUGAGUCACUUCAGGAGUUUGCAACAUUUUUACAUAACCUUGUGGAGCAAAGAGAAAUGAUGACACUUAACAUCUUUGAAACAUUUAUCAAACCACUGGAGAAAUUCAGAAAGGAUCAAAUUGGAGCAGCAAAGGAAGAAAAGAAAAGGUACGACAAAGAAACUGAGAAAUACUACAGCUUUUUGGAGAAACAUGUCAAUUUAUCAGCAAAGAAAAAAGAAGCAUUGCUGGUUGAGGCAGAUAGUCAGCUAGAGCAGAUUCGACAACACUACUAUGAGCUGUCAUUGGAGUAUGUGUGUAAGGUGCAAGAAAUUCAAGAGCGGAAGAAGUUUGAAUUUGUGGAGCCUAUGUUGUCUUUUUUCCAGAUGCUUUUCACCUUCUACCAUCAAGGCUAUGAGUUGGCCAAAGAUUUUGACCACUACAAAACAGACCUACACCUAAACAUACAAAAUGCAAGAAAUCGAUUUGAGGGUGCUAGGUCAGAAGUAGAGGAACUAAUGAAUAAAAUUAAGAAAAACCCCCAUGAGUUGCCAAGAACAACCACAUUUACUGCAGAGGGUUACCUUUAUCUGCAUGAAAAAAGAACAGGCCCUUUUGGCUCAAGUUGUGUGAAACAUUACUGUUCGUACAAAAAGGAGACAAAGAGGUUUACCAUGGUGCAGUUUGAUCAGAGGUCAGGUGGAAAAAUUGGGGAUGAAGACACAUUCAUUCUUAAAUCCUGCACGAGAAAAAAAUCCGAUGCCACAGACAAGAGAUUUUGUUUUGAUAUAGAAGCAGUGGGCAGGCAAGGUGUGAUUACCAUGCAGGCUAUUACAGAAGAUGAUCGCAGGCGGUGGAUGGAAGCAUUGGAUGGAAAAGAACCCGUAUAUUUAAUUACUAGGAGCAAUUCCAAGAAAGAAGGAAGUGUACUGCUGGAUGAGGUGGGCUUCAACAUAAUAAAGAAAUGCAUCCAUGCUCUCGAAACACGGGGACUUAAUGAUCAAGGAAUAUAUAGAGUUGUUGGAGUCAGCUCAAAAGUCCAGAGGCUUAUGAGUUUGCUGACUGAUACAAAGAUUUGUGCUGAUUUAGAUCUGGACAGUUCUCCAGAAUGGGAAACAAAGACUAUCACCAGUGCAUUGAAACAGUAUUUGCGGAAUCUACCAGAGCCCCUCAUGACAUACGGCUUGCAUGGGGAAUUCAUCUUACUGGCCAAAUGUGCCAGCCCAGAUUCCAGGACGAAGCCAAUUCAUUCCCUCAUUCAUAAACUUCCAGAAAAAAAUCGAGAGAUGCUAGACAUUCUCAUCAGGCAUUUAGUUAAUGUAUCUAAUAAUUCAAAGCAGAACUUGAUGACCAUUGCAAAUCUUGGUGUAGUGUUUGGACCAACUCUGAUGCGCGCACGGGAAGAAACGGUUGCAGCCAUCAUGGACCUCAAGUUUCAGAACAUUGUUGUAGAAAUUCUAAUUGAAAACUAUGAGAAGAUAUUCAGGACAGCUCCAGAUUCGAGUGCAAGCCAGUCAGACACUACUUCAACACCAUCUUCAAAUAUACUGACCAGGCGGACUUUGCAUGGCCCACGCCAUUCAAGGCCCAUAGCUGUUUACAAUUUUUCUGUGGAUCUAAGUAAAGCUGAGAAUCCCAACAGUGUUGGAGAUAAUACUCCAAGUGGAAGCAUGGAAUCCAUUUCCUCCCAUUCCUCGAUAACUACAACAUCCUCCAACUCCAACAGCCCCCCAGAACAGGCGAGGAAUCGUGUCCUUCCUGGGAAUAUAGAGACCACUGAUUGCACAUCUUCUCCUUCUUCUGCAUCAAUGGCUUCCUGGUUCAAUUCUUCACCAACUUCACCAGCAUCAUCUUUGCCGUCCUUCCAGUUUCCACCUGUGACUGCUGUUAGUGACAAACCACCUAAUGGGGUUCCAAAUGAUAAAGCCAAGGCUGUUUACUCAUGUGAAGCAGAACAUUACUCUGAGUUAUCCUUCAAAGUAGGAGCAAUAUUUGAAAAUGUUCACUUUUCACAGGAACCUGGUUGGCUGGAAGGAACCCUCGAUGGCAAAACAGGGCUUAUUCCACAAAAUUAUGUUGAAUUCCUGUAGCACAGAGCUAUAUAAAUUUGUAGAAAAUGCUAUUCAUGGUAUCCAUGGCCAUGUUCUUGACAGGACAGAAUUACUGUUUGUUCUACCUUAACUUCGCGACUGAGAUUUCUCAAUUGGACUCAGGAGGAAUAUUAAUUUCUCUCACUAACAUACAACCAAUCUCAAGCUGCUGUAAACCUAUGUGCUUUUUAAACUUCGUGGUACUGUAACUUCUUCACACCAUUUUAAUUAUUACGUGCUUUUAUCAUAGGAUCAGUGGGUACAGUUUUUAACAAUAUAUUUGAUAUUGUAAUAACAUGAAACAAAAUUUGCUUGUUUAGUGGAUGUAAUUUUUUCUAUCAGUUUUGACUUCAGUCUGAUUCUAUGAAUUCCCUUAUUUUAAUUUACUAAAGCAAAUGAAGCAUCACAAUAAUCAAUUGUUUGGGGGGUGGGAGAGAGUUGUUUCUGUUUAGUUUUGCUUAUUAGUUGUUGAUUAUGUCAAAUGGUGAAAUGUUUCAGUUUUAAGAAACAUUGGGGAACCUUUUUUAAUGAAAAAUCUUAUGCUUUUGUACAAUAUUUGAUAAUUUGCUGAAUUUUAUCUUUCAAUAUCAAACAACAAGCUUAAUGGCUGCAGUGGACUUUCAUUAUUAGACCAUGUUAGUGAAUAUUGGGAGAGGGUUUUCAUCAAUAUUUGAACAUUGGGAAAUUCCACUCAGUUUUUGACAAGAAGAAGUAUUUACAGACUGCUCACUUGUUGUGUAUUUGUAUUUAUUUUAACUAUGCAAAAUGUAUUAUUUCUGGUUUAAUGAUUUAUCAUCCUUCUGAAAACUCUCCUUGCUUAAAUAAUCACAUGCAUGUGAAUGUGGUCAACAAAGUCACAAACCUGAAGCCUUCAGAAAUCUGCAGAACAUUAUGCUGUAACUAUAUCAGAAAAUAAA